AACGCAGCUUGUGCUUCCGUCACUUUGGCUCCACGCGCGGCAGCUCCGACGGAAGCUGUAAGAACCGCACAUGAGGAUCGCCUUGCUCUCUCUUGCAGCACUCCGGUGCUCUCCCUUUAGCGCCACCGUGCAAGCUUUCGCCACGCCUGUCUCCUCCUUGAGUGCGGCGAACAGAGUUGAUAUCCGAAGCCUUAACGCAAGCGCGGGCAUGUCCACUACUACAGCGGGACGCGGCGAGGACGUCGCCGAAAUCGAGAUCAUGUACUGCGGAGGAUGAGGCUACGUGCGGUUUUACAACCGCCUGACGCCCCAGCUGGAGGCGGUGUUCGGCGACCGCAUCAGCUUCAUCCAGACCGAGGACCCCGGGGUCACCGGGCGCUUCGAGGUGGUGCUGCGCAACACCGGGGAGCUGCUGCACAGCAAGAAGACCCGCGGCCAGGGCCGCUGCGAGGACCCCCGCGAGGUGCAGGCCCUGGUCGACCAAAUCCAGAAGUUCUUGGACUCUUCGUAGACCAAUCAGAUCGUCGAUGAAGGCCCGGGGACCGUUCCUUGACGUGGUUGACUGUUCCUAGACCGUUGCUCUGGACUACUGCAAAUAUUGAGGGUCGCACGCGGGAAAGCUAGGGGUGUACGGGGGUAUUGUAGAGCUGCGCACGAUAGCCCUACCGGGAGUUGUCUGUGUGAUGGCGGUGGGGUUGGGUGUGGACUUGGUGCAUUUUCGCUCUGCUCUGCGUGCACACGCGAGGCACACCGUGUCACACGACCAUCAGGCAGGGUCGCGCAACGACAGAUGAGCCAGCAACUCUCUCUUUGUUUCCGUGCGCUUCCCCUCUCUUGGCUAUUUCCAGCCGUUCCGCCUUGCGCCGCGGCCAAUGUCGGCUUGCCGAGGCGAGCAGUAGUGGAUUCGAAGUUGCAGAGCUUCGGCGAGUGAUCAAGCGGCGUACGUGGCGAUUGUUGGUCUUUGGGAUCGGGUCGGGGCUGCUGGCGGUACGAAGGGGGGAGACGAUAAACUUGACAUGUUGGGGGAAAGCUAGGCGAGGGAAUGACGGAUCCAGCGAAAACGGAGUUUGAUUCCGUCGCUUGGGUCUCGAGAUACUCGUCGCUUGACCUCUUUGUUGCCCAGUGUUGUCUCCCUCCUUCUUGCUGGUCAAGGUGUAAAUUGUUGCGUUGAGAGAGAUGCGCUCGGUGAGAGUGCACCUAUCGUUUUU